CCCUGCCGUGCGUCUUUACGCGUGGUUGUUCCUUUAAGAAAAUGAAUUUGAGCCGCUCCGCGCUGACGUAAGGGAAUUGGAGAGGUUGGUGUACCCUGCAGAAAGAGGCAGAUAACCGUGAUUAGGACCAGGCAGGGGUACCAGAUCUUUUCACCAUUUUCUUUCCUCUCAGCCAUUUAGUGUAUUUCACGAUCUCUACACAUCGGUCCAGAGAGUCUUUUGGAGUUAUUUGUGUCAGUAUAACGGUGCGAUUUCAGACCCCCGCCCUUUUAUGUGCUCCAAGGAGGUUUUAUAGAUACUUAAUUUCGCUCCUGCAGUGUUCAAAGUGGGUCGAGAUGUUCUGUCGGGAAGUACAAAAGUCCUCUGGCAGCACGCGAAUGAACUAGGAUGACACCGGAUAUUUUCUGUGGCAGAGACUGAUGCGAUUUGCUCUGCAUCACUGUUGAUUUUUUACAAGAAAAAAAAAAUGCACCAUAACCAGGAGGAGCAGUCGGCCAAUCCAAUUACUGCGCAGCACGGGACAGCGCACCACAGUGACUCCCACAGCCUGGGGAGCAGCUUGGACAGCGGCCUCACUGAUCUUCAACCACCUGCUUACUCUAAACUGGAGUUCAGGAAAAAUGCAGUGACAGACGACUAUAAAAUCACAGCUCAGGUUCUCGGCCUGGGAAUCAAUGGCAAAGUGCUGGAAUGUUAUUGCAAGAAUACAGGAGAGAAAUGUGCCCUCAAGAUCCUGUAUGAUACUCCUAAAGCCAGACGAGAGGUUGAGCUGCACUGGAGAGUCUCUGGAGGUCCCCACAUCGUCCGAAUACUCAGCCUGUAUGAGAACAUGCACCAGGGCAAGAAAUGUCUCCUCAUCAUAAUGGAGUGUAUGGAGGGAGGGGAGCUGUUCAGCCGCAUUCAGGCCAGAGGGGACCAGGCCUUCACAGAGAGAGAGGCGUCAGAGAUCAUGCACGACAUCGGUACAGCCAUAGAGUACCUCCAUCACAUGGACAUUGCUCACAGGGAUCUCAAGCCUGAAAACCUGCUCUAUACCACUAAGGAGAGUAACGCUACACUAAAACUGACCGACUUCGGAUUUGCUAAGGAGACAACACUGCACAACUCCCUCCAGACUCCAUGUUACACUCCAUAUUAUGUUGCCCCAGAAGUGCUUGGGCCGGAGAAUAGUGACAAGUCAUGUGACAUGUGGUCUUUGGGCGUAAUCAUGUACAUUCUCCUGUGUGGGUUUCCUCCGUUCUACUCAAACACUGGUCAGGCGAUCUCUCCAGGCAUGAAGCAGAGGAUCAGGUUGGGUCAAUACGAGUUCCCCAAUCCUGAGUGGGCUGAUGUUUCUGAGGAAGCAAAACAGCUCAUCAUUCAGUUACUGAAGACAGAGCCCAAUGAGAGGAUGACCAUUGGACAGUUUGUGAACCAUCCCUGGAUCAGUCAGUCAAUGGUGGUCCCUCCAACACCCCUCCACACCUCUCGUGUUUUGACCGAGGACAAGGAGCUGUGGGACGAUGUGAAGGAGGAAAUGACCAGCGCCCUGGCCACCAUGCGUGUUGACUAUGACCAGGUAAAGAUCAAAGACCUGGACAUGUCCAACAACCCUCUGCUCAAUAAGAGGCGGAAGAGGCCCACGCCUGGAGGAGCCGACACAGUAGGAGAUGGUGAUGAAGGAGAUGGAGAAGUGGUGUGUAAUAGUCACAGAGAAGUUACAUUUUCCAUCUAAUUGUCACUUGUUGUAUUUUACUCACUUUUUAUUCUUUGUAUCACUGCACUCAAAAGUCUAACAAAUGUCAUUUAUUUUGAUUGUUACUAUCCAACAUGUGAAAUAAAAUGUGUUUUUCAUGUUUUAUAA